AUGGGGAGGGGGAAGAUUGUGAUAAGGAGGAUCGACAAUUCGACGAGCAGGCAAGUGACCUUCUCGAAGCGGAGGAACGGGUUGCUCAAGAAGGCAAAGGAGCUAGCGAUCCUGUGCGACGCGGAGGUUGGAGUCAUGAUCUUCUCCAGCACCAGCAAGCUCUACGAUUUCGCCAGCACCAGAUUGAAACACGACCGUGUUAUGGAAUUUCCCACGCUGAAAUUCCCCUCCUGCAGUCACCCAAGCGAGACGUCUCCCUUCCCUCCGAUCACUACUGCCAUUACCAUGAAACGUUCAGUCGAAGGCGUUUCGCCGUCACCGCCGCCGCCGCCAAGAAGCCAGUCUUCCUUACCAAAGCCCAGCGCGAAGAAUUGGCCCUCAAACGCCGUCAACAAGAAGCCUAUCAACUCCACCAUCGCCGUCAAGAGCUCCUCUCCUCCCUAG